AUGCGCUUCGUGCAGGCUCUUCGACGUUCGAUCAAAGGUGACAAGGACAAAGGAUCCGUCGCUCCAAAAUCGGCUGUCGCCAUUGUUCCUCCAAAGAAGGUCAUUCGAGCUCUUUACGAUUACGAGGCACGAUCGAGCCAAGAACUGAGCUUUUCGAGAGGCGACUUUUUCCACGUUAUCGGCCGCGAAAACGACCAAGAUUGGUACGAAGCAUGUAAUCCAGCUCUCCCUGACGCCCGGGGUCUCGUGCCUGUCACCUUCUUCCAAGCGCUUGGUCGAACCGAGAGAGAUAGCGCACAAUCCGACGGUGGUCAACUCCCCACUCCGACAAAGAACCCCGACCACGAUUCUGGAUAUAGCGAAUCUCCAGCAAUGCAAACUGCGCCAGCCGUCAUGUCACCCACCACAGCCGUGCCUCAGCAAGGUCACCAGCGUAAUUCGAAGUCGGUUGGAAAGUCAGGCGCCAUGGUCUACGGAAUUGUCAUGUACGACUUUGCUGCGGAGAGGGCAGACGAGUUGGAGGCCAAAGCAGGCGAGGCCAUUAUCGUCAUUGCACAAUCGAAUCCCGAGUGGUUCGUGGCUAAACCCAUCGGUCGACUUGGUGGCCCAGGACUCAUCCCCGUUUCCUUUGUCGAGAUUCGUGAUAUGGCAAGCGAUAAGGCAAUUGCAAACCCGGGUGACGCCAUAAAGCGUGCUGGUGUUCCAAAGGUGGAAGAAUGGAAGAAGAUGGCCGCCGAAUACAAGAACAGCAGCAUCACACUGGGCAAGUUUGAGGGAGGUGGCCCUCAACCUGAGCAGGGUAUUGAGCAAGGCAUGGAACGAAUGAGCAUUCAGCAACAACAGCAUUCUCGACAACCUUCUCAGAAUGGAGCGCAGGCCGGAUACGCAUCUCAACCUCGAACAUCCCAACAACCUCAGCAAAAUCAUGUACAGAAGCCGGCUUCACAACUCCACGCACCACUACAAGCACGCAUACCACGAUACUGCUUUGCAGAGGAUAAGUACUGGUUCGUGAUCGAAGCAUUGCUGGAAGACGGACGGCAGUGGGAGCUGUCACGCUAUUACGAGGACUUUUACGAUUUCCAGAUCGCUCUUUUGACCGAAUUUCCAGCUGAGGCCGGUAACACAGGGACACAGAAGCGUACACUGCCCUACAUGCCCGGACCGGUCAACUAUGUCACAGAUGCAAUCACCGAAGGACGCCUCCAUAACUUGGAUGCCUACGUGAAGAACAUGCUGAAUCAACCCCAUUACAUUUCGAGGUGCAACUUGGUGAGACAGUUCUUUGCACCCCGCGAAGGAGAUUACGAGAUCGAUCCCAAUGACAACGAAGAAGAGUACCGCCUAUCACAAGCAUCACAACUGUCUUCGGCCGAGUCCCCAGCUGGUGGAUCACAAAACAAUCUUAACGGUAGUGCAUAUGGGCUCUCAGCUGCACCAGCGCAUCAGAUGGGCCAAGGUUCCCCUGACAUCCAAAGACAACCAUCGUCUUUGUCACAGCCCUCACAAACCUCUCUCGGCAACGGUAUGCAACCUCCGGCUCAACCGGCAUCAGCAAUGAAGAUCAAGAUGUAUUUCAACGGAGAUCUCAUUGCCAUCCGAGUACCGACAGACAUUUCAUUCCAAGCGCUUUAUGAAAAGAUUUGUGAUCGUCUGAAGGUGCCGGCGGGUCAGGAGGUCCAACUGUUUUACAAGGACGAGCCCACUGGAGAUAAGCCAAGUAUGCUUAGUGACAACGACUUGGACUAUGCUCUACAGCGGAACGAGAAGCUUCUGCUCUAUGUGGAGGCCGUGUGA